CUGCCAACUGCAGUUAUUUUCCCCUCAUGACUGCAUUUCCCAUGGCGCCCGCUACUGCUGAUAAGUAGGGGGACAUAUUAGCUACGUAUUUUAGUUAUUUAAACUACACAUUUUACACCUGAUUUUAAUUAAUUUAUUUUUUAAUAAUCGCAACCGGCCAUGACCGUGGAGCAGAAUGUCCUCCAGCAGCAUUCGCAGAAGACACUACUGAACCAGCUGAAGGAAGUGACCGGAACUACAGACUCCCAGCUCUUGCAGCAGGCCCUGCAGGUCAGCAAUGGUGACCUGGCAGAGGCAGUAGCCUUUCUGACGGAGAAGAACACCAAGGCCCCUCACCUGAGCGAGACCCCUCAUCUGAGCGAGACCCCUCACCUGAGCGAGACUACCUAUUACCAGACCGCGCAGAUCAGCAAUGACCGCUACAUCAGCGUGGGCAGCCAGGCAGACACCAACGUGAUCGAUCUGACGGGAGACGAUAAAGAUGACCUGCAGAGGGCCAUCGCUCUGAGUCUGGAGGAGUCCAACAGGGCCUUCAGGGAGACCGGCAUCACCGACGAGGAGCAGGCCAUCAGCAGGAUACUGGAGGCCAGUAUAGCAGAAAACAAGGCCACUCUGAAGAGGUCACACGCUGAAGUAUGGAGGGACUCUCCGAACCCCUACGACAGGAAGAGGCAAGACAGCUGUCCUGUAGGGCUGAAGAACGUGGGCAACACCUGCUGGUUCAGUGCAGUAAUACAGUCCCUGUUCAACUUGCUGGAGUUCCAGAGGCUAGUCCUUCACUACUCCCCACCAGCACACGCUCAGGAACAGCCACGCAAUCAGAAGGAGCGCAGGAACCUGCCCUUCAUGCAGGAGCUACGGAACCUCUUCUCGCUGAUGGUGGGCUCCAACAGGAAGUAUGUGGACCCCUCCAGAGCCGUGGAGAUCCUGCAGGAGGCGUUCCAGUCCUCCGAGUCCCAGCAGCAGGAUGUGUGUGAGUUUACGCACAAGCUGUUGGACUGGUUGGAAGACGCAUUUCAGGUGAAGGCUGAAGAAACGAGAGAAGCCAAAGAGCCCAAGAACCCGAUGGUGGAGCUGUUCUACGGCCGGUUUGUGGCCGUGGGAGUUUUGGAGGGUAAGAAGUUUGAGAACACGGAGAUGUUUGGCCAGUACCCCCUGCAGGUGAACGGCUUCAAGGACCUGCACGAGUGCCUGGAGGCCGCCAUGGUGGAGGGAGAGAUCGAGUCCCUGCACUCUGCCGACAACACCGCCCGUUCUGGACAGGAACACUGGUUCACAGAGCUGCCUCCGGUCCUCACCUUCGAGCUGUCCAGGUUUGAGUUCAACCAGGCCCUCGGCCGCCCAGAGAAGAUCCACAACAAGCUGGAGUUCCCCCCAAUGCUCUACAUGGACAGGUACAUGGACAAAAACAGGGACAUCACGCGGAUUAAGCGUGACGAGAUCAGACGGCUGAAGGAGCACCUGACCGUCCUGCAGCAGCGGCUCGAGAGAUAUCUGAGUUAUGGGUCAGGACCCAAGAGGUUUCCACUGGCAGACGUCCUGCAGUAUGCGCUGGAGUUCGCCUCCAGUAAGCCCGUCUGUACCUCCCCAGUGGACGACAUUGACUCGACCGCUCCCUCUGCUGGAGCAACAGCAAAACAGCCACCCUCAUUCACAAGCCCAGCGGAGCAAGGUGCCUCUGGGUCCGUAGAUGGCGCUGCCCCCACUCUGCAGCAGAAGACGCCCCCCUACAAGCCUUUCACACAGUCCUGCCUGCCCCCCAACCUGCCCAUGCACCCCGCCCCGCGCAACAUCACCGCUGACGAGCUCAACGUGCUGGAGGGGUGCCUGCACCGCUGGAGGAGUGAAGUGGAACCCGACGAGAGGGAUCUCCAGAGCAGUAUAUCACGGAUCCACAGGACCAUUGAGCUCAUGUACUCGGAUAAAAGCAUGACGCAGGUGCCGUACCGGCUGCAUGCUGUGCUGGUGCACGAGGGGCAGGCCAUCGCCGGCCACUACUGGGCGUACAUCUUUGACCCGCGGCAGAACGGCUGGAUGAAGUACAACGACAUCUCCGUCACCAAAUCGUCCUGGGAAGAGCUCAUGAGGGACUCGUUCGGCGGAUACCGCAACGCCAGCGCAUACUGCCUCAUGUACAUCAACGACAGGAAACGCUUCCUUAUAGAGGAGGAGUUUGACGUGGAGACGGGCCUGAUGGUGACCGGCCUAGCUAAGCUCCCAGUGGACCUGCAGGAGUAUGUGAAGGAGGACAAUGUGCAGUUUGAGCGCGAGCUGAAGGUCUGGGACAUGCUGCAGGCCCGCAAGGCUCAGCAAGAGAAGCAGGCCCUCGCCUCUGCCACCACCCUCGCCUCCGCCACCACCACCCCCGCGGCACCACCCGCUGGCACGGAGACCAAGGCAGCAGGGGGAGACGGCACAGAGACGCCACAGGCCAACACCACAGCUGCAGCCCAGCUGCCUGACCCUGAGUACAUGGAGCAGCAGUCGCCCACUGACGACUCCAGGCAUCUGAGGGAAGAGACCGAGAGGGCCAUUGCUACGGCAGUCGCAGAACACAGCACCCAGGGCCCCGAAGUCCUGCUCAAUGCGGCCCCCCCCCCACCUGCCUCUUGCCCCCAGUCCUCCCCUUGCCCCGCUGUGCAGGGGUGGGCAGAUGCCCCCUGCUCUCCCUCCCAGGUAGUGGAGAUGGCCACCCCUCAAGUAGGAACCAGCCUCACUGAGACAGAGGAGGAGGGGUACGAUGAUGAGGCUGUGCUGACUCCGAGUUUGCAAGGUGUUAUUAUGGCUGUUGGCAAAACCAGGAAAAUAUUUGACAAGUACGGCCCAGAGACGGCCUUCUUUAAGGCCAUCGAGGUGGAGUACACACGUCUGCUGAGGUUGGCUCAGGAGGACACCCCCCCGGAGCGAGACCACCGGAUGCAGCACGUCAUCGUCUACUUCAUCCAGAACGAGGCCCCGCAGAAGAUCCUGGAGAGGACACUGCUGGCGCAGUUUGCAGACCGUAACCUGGGCUUCGACGAACGGUGCAAGAGCAUCAUGCAGGUGGCUUGUGUGAAGCUAAAUCUGAUCACACCGGAGGAGGUCAACAUGCAAGAAUAUGAGAUGUGGCACCGCGAAUAUCAGAAGUUUCGGGACACGACAAUAUAUCUGAUGAUUGGCUUGGAACUCUUCAAGAAGGAAAACUAUGUGGAGGCCCUAGUAUAUCUCAUCUAUGCGUUCCAGUUCAACAAGGAGCUUCUGUCGAAAGGUCAAUACCGGGGUCACGAUGAGAAGGUCAUUGCCCAUUAUCGCAGGGAGUGUCUGCUGAAACUGAACGAGCAGGCGGCGCGGCUGUUUGAGUGUGGGGAGGAGGCGGCGGUGGUGUCGGGGCUGACCAUGAUGACGGAGCUGGUGGUGCCCUGCAUCCCUCUGCUGCUGCUGGAGCAGGUGGAGGAGAAGGAUGUGGUCGCCGUGGAGGACAUCCGCAACCGCUGGUGCUCGUACCUGGGCCAGGACAUGGAGGCGCGGCUGCAGGAGAAGCUGACGGACUUCCUGCCCAGGCUGCUGGACUGCUCCACGGAGAUCAAGGGCUUCCUGGCCCCGCCCACACUGGGCACGUACUGCACGCAGGAGCUGUGUGAGCGAUUCGGACGCGUCAUGGCUGCCCUCAGUCGCAUCCCCGCAGACGGCAGAUGAACCCUUCGCCCAGCCCGCGCGCACACACACACACACACACACACACACA